UUUUUUCAGACUUAUAUCAAUUUUGCCUAUGAUUUAUUUAAAAUCUCCAAUAUGUCCACAUUAACACAGCAACGUUCGCGUAAAUUAACUUUGGCUUACCAAAUAGCUAAUGGAGUUGAGAAUAUAAGGACCGAGCCCUCUUCUUCACCACACUUUGCAUUUGUUGAUGUUUUGGAAAAGUAUUUUAGAAUUUGUAAUACUAAACCUAUUAAACAGGGUGAUAUUCCUUUCGAGUUCAAACUUUAUCACAACUUUAUUGAACGUUCUGUUUUAAGUUGUAUUAUUGAAAUUAAAUAUUUUGUCGUUCCAAAAAGUCGAACUUCAGACGGGCAAAUGGUUUGUAUGCAAAAAAUGUUAUGGCUAAUAAAUAAUGGAGUAAUUGAAUAUUUACAUGUGGUUGCCCCCCACGAGGAUUGGCAUUAUGAAGAUUGUGCAGGGAUUGUUGAUCUGAGCAAGCAAAGUCGUUUUGAAGUCUAUCAAAAAAUUACUUCUUCUGCAAAUAUGAUGGUUUCAACAGCUACAAACAGUUUACCUAUCCCCCUCUCUAAUAAAAUGUACAGUAUACUUUUUGGACAACUUUCUCGCCUGGUUAUAAUUGAUCAAAAAUGUAUGAGGUGUGGAAAGAGACUGCGCGAUUUUACGCCUGUUGUAUUACAUAGAAACCCUAGCCAUAAUUCUUGUAAAUGA